AUGAUGGCAGCAACAUCCGUGGCCGGCCCUACUACUACUAAUAGUACGACGACUACUACUGGUAGUGGACCUGUGUCUCCCGUGGUGACUACAGAGGAACCUGAAAAUGGUGUUGUAGGAGUAGCUGCUGUCAUUCCCUCUUCCUCACAAGAAGAGGACUCCUCCGUACAGUCUUCAUCAUUGGCCCCUCCCAAGAGACGACGAUCCAAUCGAGAUACCAAUCGCAUUCGAAUAUCGGCAGAUCGCACGGGACAGUUGCAAUUCCAACGUAUGGAACAGCUAUUCUUUCAAGAGAUAGACAACGACGACAAUAAUGGAGCGCGACGAACCCGCCGUCGGCGGCAAUGCAAGAAAUCAACCAUACCCAUCUUACCUCCACUCCGUUUGGGAAACUUUACGCUUCAACCAGUCUUUCAAUCUCCCAGCAUUUACACGAUCGACAACUUUUUGACACCCAACGACUUGGAAUUCCUACAUGGGACCAUUGAGUGCAAACAAUUUCAACGCAGUUUUGUCGACCAAAACAAUGAUGAUACCAUGCUCGAUGAUAACCAUCGGACGUCCACCUUUGUCAGCUUUGCCAAACAAGAAAAUGCCAAAGUGGCCGCCAUUGAACGGCGAGCGGCACAGCUCAUGGGAUGCUACACCAAUGACAAUAUUGAACCGUUGCAGUUGGUACGGUACAUGCCAGGACAAUUCUUUGGAGUUCACCAUGAUAUGGGAGACUACAAUGAAGAAACCGGUGAGGUGGCCUUGCCACCCAAAUCAGUGCUGGUCAAGCGUCGAUUGGUCACCAUCUUUUGCUACCUCAAUGAUCUACCAGCCAAUGCAGGCGGGUGUACAGGGUUUCCACAUUGCAAUGAUUUGAAGGUGCAACCGCGGGCGGGUAGGGCAGUGGUCUUUUGCAAUGUCAAAUCGGAUGGGUUGCCGGAUCCACGAACGAUCCAUGCAGGGGAGGCUGUGUUGGAUACUAUUAAUACAAGCAACAAAAAGAUGGGUACCAAGAAAAAACAGCAGCAAGACAAGCUGCAGCCGCCCAUCAAAUACGGGCUGAACAUAUGGAUCUGUGAAGACUAA